GUCCCUCUGCACCCCAGAGACAGAAGGACGCAGGGGUCUGUUGGAGGUGACUGCUGGACAAGCAGGGGAGGCACCUGUGGAAGGUGGAGGGCUGGUGGCCCCCCUAGCAGUCAGGAAGGGGAGCCAGCUAGUGAGAAGAUCGCCCAGAGGCAUCUGGGACGUUUGGUGGGAGAGCCCCGAAGAUUACAGCCAUGCCUCACAGCUCCGACAGCAGUGACUCCAGCUUCAGCCGCUCUCCUCCACCUGGCAAGCAGGACUCAUCCGAUGAUGUGAGAAAAGUUCAGAGGAGGGAGAAGAACCGCAUUGCUGCCCAGAAGAGCCGACAGAGGCAGACACAGAAAGCCGACACCCUGCACUUGGAGAGUGAAGACCUGGAGAAACAGAAUGCAGCUCUGCGCAAGGAGAUCAAACAACUCACAGAGGAGCUGAAGUACUUCACAUCCGUGCUGAGCAGCCACGAGCCCCUGUGCUCCGUGCUGGCCAGUGGCGCCCCCUCGCCUCCUGAAGUGGUAUACAGUGCCCAUGCCUUCCACCAGCCUCACAUCAGCUCACCACGCUUCCAGCCCUGAGCUUCCAGACAGGAAGAGGACGGAGCCCCAGUUGAUGCUCCUCCCGUGGGCCUUCGGAGGGGCAUGUCAACCGAGGCCAGGCUACCCUCAUACCUCCAUCUGGAGACCCAGUGGCAGAGGCCUGGACAAGGAUUGAACACAAGAAUUGUGCUGGCCAGAGGGACUUGAAGCCUCCCACCAGAGUGUAGCCAAUGUACUGGACCCCACAUGAGUGGAAAAGCAGCCCCGAGAGUCAUGGAUGAUGCCCAAGACCUACAGCACAGAGGAAG